AUGGCACCUGCUUAUGAUCCAACUUCUCCAUUCAAAGGUGUAAAAGACUUAGUUGAUCAUAAUGUUUUAUCUCUCCCUAGUGCAUAUAUAAAGCCAUUCGAAAAGCGACAUAAUCCACAAGAGGUUUUUGAAGGAAUUGAUCUUCCACGUGUUGAUUUACAAAGCAAGACUGCAAUGGAAGAUAUUAAAUUUGCUUGUGAGGAAUGGGGAUUUUUUGAGCUGAUUAAUCACGGAGUGCCAGAAGAUGUAAUUGAAGAUAUGGUAAAAAACACACAUACAUUCUUCAACUUAUCAACUACAGAAAAAAUGAAAUAUUUUUCUGAAGAUGUGUUUAACCCAAUGAGGGAGGUGACUAAGAAUUAUGUGAAGAAUAUGCAAAUAUUGGGAAAAAAAUUACUUAUAGUCAUGUCAAAAGCAUUGGGUUUACAUGAGAAUAAGUUGCAAGAAAUAUACGGCAAUGAGGAGAUGAUCGUUCGACUGAAUUACUAUCCUCCUUGUCCAGAUCCAGAACGUGCACUUGGACUUAAUCCACAUUCAGAUAGUGGUGGUAUUACAAUUUUAUGGCAGGACCAAGUUGGUGGAUUACAAAUCCAAAAGGAAGGUAAAUGGUAUAAUGUGAGAUGUAACUCAAAUGCAUUAAUUGUUAAUGUUGGUGAUCAAGUUGAGAUUAUAACAAAUGGAAUAUUCAAGAGUGUUAUUCACAGAGCUAUUGUGAAUCGUAACUUAUAUAGGAUGUCAAUGGCAUCCUUCUUCAAUCCUUGUGCUCAAGCAAUAAUUGCUCCUAUCCAAGAGCUUUUAGACAAACAAAACCCAGCACAGUAUAAAGCUCGAUUAUCAAAAGAUUAUAUUGGAGACAUCUAUAAUAAGUAUAUCGAAGGGAAAAAUGUGAAACGAGAAGAUUAA